AUGUCUAAAUGGUCUGCACCUAAAGACAGUAACAAUAAAAUACAAUGGCGAACUAUUAAAAGCCCUAAUCUGAAGACGAAUAACAUCGUGACCGAAGAUGUGAUACUUAAUGGAAAGCCCUAUCUAAGUAUCACCUGGUCUCAUGUGAAGAAAAUAGAAGACUUUAAAAUAUAUCCAGACCCGGAGCUGUUCAACAAGGGGUUUACAUUAGCAACCAGAGGAAUCUUUAGUGUUCUGGUCAUACAGGGUAGGAACAUCCCAACAUGGCUGAACAAAGACGAAAUCCAUGUUUACGUUGGGAAAGUUUCUUGUAACGUUCUGGACACGACCGAGAGCACCAUCACAUGCAACGCUACGUCCAUUGUAAACAACAUUGAGAACAGCUGCAACACAAGCAGCACCAACCAAGCUUAUGUAUAUGGAACUACCACUGCUGCACUAAAUCCGGUUGGGGCUACAGAGCGUAUUUUACCAAAAGUUAGGAUUGUCUUUACCCACAUUACGGUUGAAGACAAUUCGAACACAGUCAUCAUCAUUAGCGUCAUCACGAUCGUCGCUGUGGUUGUCCUAGCUCUUGUGGUUUAUCUUCGAAUUUCACGUUUACGGGCUAAAAACAACACCAGCAUGAAAGCUUUGGACGAAGGUGUGGAAUCCGUGUCCCAGAGCAUCGACCUGAAGGGUUUUGUCCAAGAGGCUGUGAUGAUGCGAGAGUUCCAACACCCCAACGUCCUGGGACUGGUUGGUUUGUCAGAGAAAGAGCCGGGCGUGCCCUUCGUUGUGCUGCCUUUUAUGGAGAACGGUGACCUCCUGACCUACGUCCGUGACCCCGAUAAGUCUCUGAAGUUUUCUGAUGCCCUGAAGUACGGGGCAGAUAUCGCUAGCGGCAUGGCGUACCUCAGUAUCAGAGACUUUGUUCAUAGAGAUCUGGCUGCCAGAAACUGUCUUCUAGAUGACCGCCUACGUGUUAAGAUUGGAGACUUUGGCCUGUGCCGAUCAGUGUACGGCUCUAGCUACUACACCAGCACCAACAGAACAAUGUUACCCAUACGUUGGAUGGCUCCAGAAAGUAUUGAGGUUGGCUGCUACUCUACCAAGUCGGACGUUUGGUCAUUUGGUGUCGUCAUGUGGGAGUUGUUGACCCGUGGGCUGAUCCCCUACCCUGGUCUACAGAACUCUGAAGUCCACGGCUAUCUGCAGCAGAGUCGUCUGGCUAGGCCGCACUUCUGCCCAAUCAGGCUGUAUGAAGCUCUUUUGUACUGUUGGCAAGUUGAUCCGGGUCUAAGGCCGAAUUUUCAGUCUCUCCAAGAGUUUCUACGAUUCCUGUUCAGAAGCAUUAGUAGAGCAAAUGACAAAUGCAGAGAUUGUAUAGAUACGUUGCAAAGAGGGAAAGACCCACAGGGACAACGUCCUCAGAAUCUAACUAUCCCCCAGACAGAACUAAACACACCAUGUUCUGGUAUCUGUUUGAUGAACAAAUCAUUUGAUGCGGAAAUUAUUAUACCGGAAUGCAGAUGCCUUUUCGAAAAUAUUGCUGAAAGUACCAACAGAGAUAAUUUAGCUAAAGCAGAAAAUAUGGAAUACAUUCAGCCUAAAGAUGAUUGGAAUUAUUUGCUAGAAUUACUUCACCAGGAAAUGCCAGCAUCUGAAGAAAUAGGCGGUUCUUACAUUGAUGUAAUUGAUAAUUAUGAAGAAAUAGGCGGUUCUUACAUUGAUGUAAUUGAUAAUUAUGAAGAGAUCACAACCACAAUGUAAUAGAAUAUGUAUACAUGUAUAAUAUGUAUAACUAUGUGAAAUAUAUAUAAAAUAAUCUGUAGAGGCAAAGUGUAAAUAAUUUCUUAUUGUCACCACCAACUUUUGACAAUAUUGAUUUCAAAAGCGCAUUUAUAUUAAAUAUAAUUUUUUUAUAAUCUAUGUUUAUACAAUAAUUCUUCUCAGUUCUUGGGACUAAAAUUCAUUUAACGUUUACGAAGAAACAAUGAUGUGAAGAU